AAGCAGAAAUUGUAGGACUCCACACCUCUACAUUUAAAGAUCAGUAACGAUUGGAAAAGCUGCAGAUACUUUCAGAUUGAUCGACGGAUCUUUUCUCCUUUAUUCAACUAAAGAGUAGGCACUGACUGUGGUGAUGUUCUCUAGAUACAGUGAAAUGGCAGGAGCCAAUAUUUCAGUGGAUCAAGAUCAUUUCACUUGUCCAGUGUGUCUGGAUCUACUGAAGGAUCCAGUGGCGAUUCCCUGUGGACACAGUUACUGUAUGAGAUGCAUUACAGACGUCUGGAAUCAGGAGGAUUGGAAGGGAAUCUACAGAUGUCCAUUAUGCAAACAGACCUUCACGCCAAAACCUGUUUUAGGUAGGAAUGUGGUGAUUGCUGAAAUGGUGGAGAAACUGAAGAAGAUGAGACUCCAAUCUGCUCCUGCUGCAGUACCUCACAAUGGUUCUGGAAAUGUACAGUGUGACUCCUGCACUGGAAGAAAACAGAAAGCAGUGAAGUCGUGUCUGGAGUGUCGAAGCUCUUACUGUCAAAAUCACCUUGAACAGCAUGAGAAUCUCUUCAGUAAAAGACACAAUCUGAUGGACGCCACUAGAGGACUGCAGGACACGAUCUGCCCUCAACAUGAUAAAAUGCUGGAAAUUUACUGCCGUACUGACCAGCGGUGUAUCUGUGUGCUGUGUUUGAUGGAUGAACACAAAAAUCAUGACACUGUAUCAACUGCAGCAGAACGGAAAGAGAAACAGAGACAUUUGGAGGAGAAACAGAAAAAAUUCCAGAAGAUUAUCCAGCAGAAAGAGAAAGAUCUUCAGCAGCUGAGAGAGGCUGUGGCGUCUCAUAAGCGCUCUGCACAGACCGCAGUGCAGGACAGUGAGAGGAUCUUCACUGAGCUCAUCUGCUCCAUUGAGAGACGUCGCUCUGAGGUGAUUCAGCUGAUCAGAGAUCAGGAACGAGCUGCAGUGAGUCGAGCUGAAGGACUCUUGGAGCAAAUAGAACAGGAGAUCAAUGAUCUGAGGAGGAGAGAUGCUGAGAUGAAGCAGCUUUCAGAGACAGAUGAUCAUUUUCAUUUCCUUCAGAGUUUGCCGUCUGUCUCUGGAUUAACAGGCUUAGCUCUCAAUUCUCAUCUGUCUUUUGAUGCUGUAGUGAAAACUAUGUUUCAACUCAGAGACAAAUUGCACCAGUUCUCCAGAGAGACUAUAGAAAACAUAUCUGGAAGAGUGAAAACCAUCCAGGUCAUUGGCGCUCCUGAAUAUCAGACCAGAAAGGAGUUUAUACGAUAUUCCCGUCUGUUGACUCUGGACCCAAACUCAGCGAAUAAUUGGCUCCGUCCCUCUGAGGGAAACACAGUGAUCACUGUUGCUGACACAGAUCAGUGUUAUCCUGAUCAUCCAGCCAGAUUUGAUCAUUGGUGGCAGGCGUUGUGCAGAGAGAGUGUGACUGGACGCUGUUACUGGGAGGUGGAGUGGAGAGGAGAUGGGAGAUUAGGAGCGGCUAUAGCAGUUGCAUAUAAGACCAUCAGGAGGAAGGGAGAGAGUAAUGAGAUUUUAGCUGGAUGUAACAAUCAGUCCUGGAGAUUGUACUGCACUCCCACUUUCUUCUCAUUCACACACAAUAACAUGGAGACUGUCCUUCCUGUAGUCAAUGUCUCCAGUAGAAUAGGAGUGUAUGUGGAUCACAGCGCAGGGAUUUUGUCCUUCUACAGCAUCUCAGACACAAUGAUCCUCAUCCACAGAGUCCAGACCACAUUCACCCAGCCGCUCUAUGCUGUGUUUGGAUUUGAUAGAAACUCAACAGUGAAACUGUGUCGUCUAACCAAGUAAAUUAUAUUUUCUAAUUAAAAAUAACACUACUGAAUCUGUAAUAAUCACAGGUUUAUUACAAUUUCACAUUAAAUUAGUAUAAUGGCUGUAAGAGCUGAUAAUGAAUGAUAAUGAAACUGAUAAGUUUGUAAAUAUUGGAUUUCUGUAUUUAUUACUCAUCAAAUUUGGUCUGAUCUUAAUUCAACAUACAGUUGCACAAACACAAUCUGACUUAACACUUAAAAAAAAAAACUUUAUGCACAAACAUAUGUAGUUUUCACAUUUUUAUUAAUACAGUGAGUAGCCUAAUCAUUAACAGUGUGUGAUGGAGAAAGUAAGGGUAUUUUCAAAGGGUUCACAAACUUAUUCGUGCCUCUGUAUAUCAAAAGCAUUGUCUUCUGCAUUUUCAUAAUAACACAAUUCACACUGUCAAAAAUAAAAUAUGCAUAUGUGAUUAAAAUCUCAUGUAAUGUUAUUUACAUGAAAACAUGAUCAUAUCAG